AAAUAGGUGAGAUAAUAACUUCCUAUUUAAUUUGGGGGUAACUUUUUUUUUCCAGGUAAUCUGGGGCUCUCAUCAUGUUUGCCAAAGCAACAAGGAAUUUUCUUAAAGAAGUUGAUUCUGGAGGUGACCUGAUUCCAGUAUCAACCUUGAAUGACUCUGAUAAAUUAAAGCUUCUAGGUCUGGUGACCAAAAAAAAGAGACUCUGGUGCUGGCAGAGACCCAAGUACCAGUUUUUAUCUGUCACCCUUGGAGAUGUGCUUACAGGAGACCAGUUUCGGAGUCCAGCGGUUGUGGAGUCGGACUUUGUGAAAUAUGAGGGCAAGUUUCAAAACCAGCUGAGUGGGUCCAUCGAGACGGCACUAGGGAAGGUCAAGCUGAGUAUUGGAGGCAAAGGCCUUGUGGAAAGGCAGUCUUCAUUUGGAACCCUGAGGAAGCAGGAGGUGGAUUUGCAGCAGCUCAUGAGAGAUUCCACUCACAGAGCAAUAAAUCUGGGAAAUCCUGUGCUGCAGCAGGUGCUGGAGAGGAAGAAUGAAGUCCUGUGCGUCCUAACACAGAAGAUAGUGACCACGCAGCAGUGUGUGAUCUGGGAGCACAUUCAGGUGGAGGAGCAGUGCGGCGGCGUGGUGGGGAUCCAAACCAAGGUGGUGCAGGUGUCAGCGAAGGAGGAUGGGAGUGUCAUCAAGGACACCAACGUGGUGCUGGAGAUCCCGGCUCCCACCACCAUAGCCUACGGCGUCAUCGAGUUGUACGUGAAACUGGAUGGCCAGUUUGAAUUCUGCCUCCUACAAGGGAAGCAUGGUGGCUUUGAGAUUCACAGAAGUGACUAUGUCUUCCUGGACCUUUCGUCCUUUGAAGAGUUUCCGUUUUGGGAAAUGCCAGAUUCUGGACCAGGACCAUCUGCCCUGGAUUGGCCGCUGAAUGUUUUAAAACAAGGGACUCUGCUCUUGGAGAGGGAUUUCCAUCUGUUUUUGGAGCUGCCAGAACAGCAACAGACAGCACUUAGUGACAUACUCCAGGCGGUCCUGUUCGAUGAAGAAUUGCUUGUGGUCCUGGAACAAGUGUGUGAGGACAUAUUAAGUGGCCUGUCACUCCCAAUGGCAAUACUGGGGAAGCUGACGCCCUCACAGCAGCAGGACCUCAUGGCUUUCCUGUGUCUGGUGGGGUACAGAAUGCAGGGCAAGUGUCCAGGCCCAGAGGAUGCAAUCAGCAACCAGGAACUCUUUUCUACAGCCUACUUCUUGGUCAGUGCACUAGCAGAAAUGCCAGACAAUGCAGCGGUUCUGCUGGGUGCUUGCUGUAAACUCCAGAUUAUUCCUGCGCUGCGUCACUUGUUUCAUGGUCUCUCGGCUGAUGGAGUAUCUGAUCUUAAAAACCCAAUCUUGGCUCCUCUGAAGGAUCUAGAAAGGUUUGGCGUUGCACAGCGUUUGUUUGCCACAGUCAACGUGAACCUGGAGAGACUGCCGUCAUCCAUAAAAGUCGUCACCGAGGAGGACCCCAACACUGUCCCACGAAUUCUUUACAUAAGCCUCAGUGGGCUCUGUGCUUUACGCAGAGCACAUUAAUAACAUCACAUGUGAAUUAGAAGUACAAGACCAUCAAAGUUAGGUAUUUUUCAGAAUUGUUAAGAUACUACUGAGUUUAGCUACCAAGAGGCCCAGUGUCUAAGGUAACUCCAGCACCCAAAGGGUUGAGAACUCUAAGCUGGUGUUUAGUUAGAACCCUCUUCUACAGCGAGAUAGGUCCAUCUAUCACUUUCUUUCAUAAACAAAGACAGGUGAGUCUAUAGAACAUGUGCUGAUUGGGGAAAUGAACUGUAAAUACCACUAUAGUAUACAUAUUCCUCUGCUAAAUAAAAUUAAAAUGAUCUCAUAGCAGGACACCCUUCCUUAGGGGUCUAGCUAUAUGCAUUUCAUUUUUGUCAUGCUUUGACUAACCUACCAAUUCUAGGUCUAGAACAAUGCUGAUUUCCUAUGCAU